UUUUCAUUUUUUUUUUUCCGAAUUGAACCAGAAAGUAAAGAAAUUUCCCCAAAUCUGAAUCCCGACGCCAAAAUUCUAACCAUGAUCAGCGUCCUCGCACAGGUUCCCAAUCAAAUCAAAUUAAAUCCAAAAUGGAGCGUUUGCUUGGUGCUGCACUUGGAACCGCGUUGACGGGGAUCCUAGUAUUUGAGCAACGAAAACGCAUCUAUGAAUCCAUUUCAGAUCAUCAAUCUCAACUCGCUUCCCAAUCUCAGAUGAAAGAGCCGAUAUUUGGAAAGAAAUCUCACUCGGAGUUUGCACUUCUAUGGAACAAAGCUGUGGACCAGGUAUUUGUGUCAGUAAUUGAGUCCUUUAGUUCACGUAGAUGGUAGAAGAUUUGGAGUAAUUUUACAGUCAAAUGUUGAUGUUGGAGUAAUUGAGUGCAUACAAGCUUCAACUCAGCUGUAUCUCUCUAAAUUUUUUGAACCUAAAAGGGGCGUGCAUCCUUGCCCUGGGGCAAUGCUAUGUUGUAAUACAUAACAUAUAAUAAUGGUAAAUUCAAUUUUCGUGAUGUAAAGAUUUCAUGAUAUACGAAACUAUUUGCAA